AUACUGCUAUAGACAUCAUGGCGGCGCCCGAUCCCAAACGUCGAAAGCAUUUCCACAAUAAAGAGUCGGAGGAAUUUCCUGUGAAAUUCCCAGAUAUCAUCAUUUUCAUCGUAAAUGCAAGGAUCCAGAAAAUACGAUUGAAGAAACUUCGGUAUCUUGGACGAUCUAAGGGAUUCGUAUUAUCACCUGAACUAAAUGAAUCUGUAACCCACGUUGUGUCAGAACUGAGCUCCCGAGACCAUGUCAUCAGUGUUCUUCAGAGGAUCUGCCGGUCGCAGCGGAAUAAUGAUUUUAAUGCCUUUGACUUUGCACAGAAGGCAGAACUGCUUUCCCUCAGCUGGUACACAUCGUGCAUGGAAGAAGAAAAGCCAGUGGAGAUCACGGAUGAACACAGAAUACCUGCUAAAAAACUGCUUGAUCUUGAUGCUUUAGAAGAACAAGAAGGUGAGGAUAAACCGAUUAAUAGCAGGUUUGCCUGCCAGAGGAUAACCCCACUCAACCAUCCAAAUAAGAAAUUCACGGAUGCAUUAGAGUUUUUAGAGAGAGCUGCAGAACUGCGGAUGGGAGAUAAUAGUCGCUCAAGAGCCCUGGCGUUCCGUAAGGCGUCUGCUGCCCUCAAAGCUUUACCGGAAGAGGUCACGAAGCCCGAAGAUGUGGAUAAAUUGUAUGAAAUUAGGGGAGGAAACCACUGCAAACGGGUGAUCUCAGAUAUACUUGAAAGAGGGUACAGCUCAGAAGUCAAAGGAAUUAGCCGCAGCCCUUGGUAUCAGAACAUGUCGCUCUUUACAGGUGUAUAUGGAUGUGGUAUAUCUACGUCAGCUAAGUGGUGUCAAAUGGGAUUAAGAAGUCUGGAUGAUGUGAAGGCUAGUUAUGUUCUUAACCUGACAAGGUCACAACUUAAAGGUAUUGAGUUUUACGAUGAACUGAACACACUUGUCACAAAGGAAGAAGCAACAUGGAUCCAUGAUGCUGUCUCUCGAGAAGUAGCAGCCAUACGUCCUGGUAGUACUGUUGUUAUGACUGGUGGGUUCCUCAGGGGAAAGGAGACGGGUCAUGAUGUUGAUUUCUUGAUAUCCCAUCCCGAGGAAGGCAAAGAGAAAGACAUCCUUGGACCUCUUCUCCAAGCCCUCAACAAGAAAGGUCUUCUGGAUUAUACUGACAUCCAAAACAGCACUGUCAACAAUACCACCGUCCAAAAAGGUGUGGAUCCAUCAAGGUACACUCUGGAUCGUUACGAGCGUUGCUUCAGUAUCUUCCGUCUCCCGAAGACUGCGCAGAGUAUCAGGGUCGAGACCUCAGAUCCAGAAAGAACUGUUGAGCAGAUUCCUGCUCCGAUGGAUGUAGGUCCUCCUGCAUCCGAGUCAUCCAAUGCUGCAGCUUCCGCAAAUGGAUCAGUCAUUCCAGGUUUAUCCUUGCUUGACAAGACAAACGGAAGUGCCACGUCGGAAGGUGAUAUCUUGCAAAAGACUGUAGCUCCCGGUCGUUCCUGGGUGGCCAGGAGAGUGGACUUUGUCAUAGCUCCUGCGAGUCAGUAUGCCUUUGCUAAACUUGGAUGGACAGGUUCAAAGAUGUUUAAUCGCUCGAUGAGAGAUUAUGCCAACAAAGUCCUGAAUAUGAACCUCUCAAGUCAUGGGCUGUUCGAUAAGACUAAUAAUUGUUCCUUGACUGCCAAUACAGAGGAAGAGAUCUUUGAGUUGCUCAAACUGGAAUACAGGAAACCAGAGGAGAGGAACUGCUAAGGUAUGGGAGUUCAGUGGAACUACCAGAGCAUCUUGUUUCACAUGCUGACUUGAUGUAAUGUAUAAAAUUAAUGAUAAGCAUGUUAGUCUGGUGUUUGAUGUAGAAACCUAUGUCAGAACUACAUGUAUGGCAAGGUGUAAUUUUUGUAAUGAUAAAUAAUAAAUCUUAUGCUCAAUGAAUCUCAUAACCUUAAAAAAUAGCAAGGUGUUUUGGUACAUCUAUGUUUAGUGCUAUUGCAUUUAUAAGCAAUAAUAAGCUUUGAUGUUAAAAUGUCAGAACACUAGUGCACUGGUAUACAUGUGCGAUCAGUGUUAAAUUUAGUACAAGAGUAUCAAAGAUACAUGUAAGAAAUUUAUAAGAUAAGUGCUCAUAAAAGGGUGUUGAUGCUUGGUGUUAAUAGAGAUAUCAUAAACAUUAGAAAGCAUUGACAGAGUACUGCCUACAUGUAGGUACAAAACUCGACAUGGGUCAAAACUGACAUGACAUACAUGUAUAUUUCCUAUGAGAUAGAUUUUAUCAAUAAUGAUAUUUUCAUAAUUCAAUUUAUAUAUAUGUAUAGUGGUUUAUCUAGCACUCAACUUUACAACAUACCCCACCCUGAUGUUGACUUGAUUGCUACAUGGUGAUGAUAUAGUGGUUACAACAUAAAAAGUGAAUAUAUUAAUGAUUUUCAAGUGUCAGUGAGAUACUGUAACAUAUGGCACAUACUUCCUGUUUAACGUUUGAGAAUUUCAAAACUGAACUUUAGUAUGUCUUGCCUUCUCCAAACAUGAUUGUGAUGAAGAUGGUACAUCUAUAAUUCCCUUUACAAUUCUGUGGUUACAAAGAGAUUGAUUAUAAGUGAGAACAGUGAUCUUACAGGGUCCAUAUGUAAACCAAUUAUUAAGCUUUGCUGUGCAAGAAAGGCUUUUACAUUUUCUUAUUGAGUCUCUCUUCUUGAUUCCCCAUUUUGUCUGGGUUUUUUGAAAAUAUUUUAUAUUUUAUUUGCAGCUGAAAUUCUUCAUGCAUUACCAGGUUUUUUUUUUUGCAUCAAUUUUGUUUUCAAAUCAUUCAUUCCUUUAUUCUUACUGCAAUUAUUUUUACUUUCUGCUGAUUUAUUCGCUUUCAAAAACAUGGUUUUGGUUCAUUUUCUUUACAAACUGGAUAAGUUUUUGUUCUGCAUAUUUUUUUCCUGUAUGUAUUAUCAUUUUUAGGCCUGAAGGAACCCUCCUAAUUCAAAAGUCACAUAUUUUAUUAAAUAAUCCUGCAAACAUUUUAUCCCUGUCUUCACAUUAAAAGUAGAUAAAACAAUGCAUAAUAACAGGAAGCCAUUAUGAAAGAUGCAUGACCUCUUCCAAUUUGUAAAAAAAAAUAUAUUGAAAAAAAGCCAAGUACAAUGCAUUUGCCAUAAUAGCAUUCCUCCCUUCCCACUAGUUUUUGUCUAUAAUAAUGAUAAUGAUAAGGUCGGAUAGGAAAGCCUGCGGGCUACAGUAAUUUAUUUAACUUUUUCCUUUUCCAGGCAACCUGGACUUGUUCUGUAAACAUCCCUUUUCACCGUGUAAUUGUAUAUUCUCUUGUAAAUUGAUUGUAAACUGUUUUUGUUGAAAUGCUGAAUAAAAUAAUAAUAA